AUGGUGACAGCAGCUGCUACAGCGCAUAGGAUGCGUGAUUACAAGAAUUAUUGUGACAAGAAAAGGGCUGCAAACAGUGAUUGCGCAAUCUACAUGGGUAAGAUGGGGAUGGCACAUUGGACGAGGACCUACUUCAAAGGCGAGAGGUAUAACAUAAUGACAAGUAACAUAGCUGAGCAGCUAAACAAUGCCUUGGUGGAAGGGAGAUCAUCCCCAAUUGUUGAGUUGGUGAUGUUUAUACAAGGGAUGAUGACAAGGUGGUUUAGUGCUCGUAGGAAGAAGUCUGAAAGGCACAGGGGGUUGAUGACUGUCGAAGUAGAUAAGGUGAUGAUCAAGAGCAUGGCGCUGGUUAGUGGCAGCAAAAUAAACUCGGUUUCGAGUGGGAGCAGUCAAAUAGUAGGUAAGUUUGGUGGUUAUGACAGUGUCGUCCUCAAUCAGAAAAAGUGUUCCUGCAAGUACCUUGAUAACAUGAAAAUACCGUGUGGUCAUGCCAUGCUCGCUGCUAACAACCUUGCGGUACGUUAUAAUACACUGGUACAAGACCGCAGCUUGGAGGGAAACGUAUGCAGGGGUGAUCAGUCCAAUUGGUGA